CGAUGUCAUGUGUGCAUUAUAUAUGUAGGCUCUCGCCCGAUCUACCAAACUUCCUGAGGCAUACUCGGCGGCUCUCACUCCCUGAUGGUUCUAAGGCCCCCAUCGAAGCGUGAUGCCAUCCUCAUUUUAGUGGGGGCUCUGUGCACGCACCUCCUCACGGUCCUUGCACCGCUGGCGCCUCAAGCCAUAGUGAUCAGCCAUAGUUUGAAAGGGCAGGUGAUUCUGGAACAUCCUGUGCUAUAUGAUCAAGCGCCGGAGGACCCCCAAGCAGCCGGCGUCUUGGGCGAGGACGUCCGGCUUUCUGAGGAGGAUACUUCGAGCGGUGGGCCCGGAGCUGUCUUCCCGGAGACCACCUUAGUUGAGCAUGUCCCUGGCUGGACAGUCUUCCGCGACGUAUAUAUGUUCAAUGGGACUCUGCUUAUCGUAUCGUCGUCUCCCAGUUCAUACCCAGAGAUCAGAUACAUGACAUCGACGGGCCUCGCUGCAGAUGUCUCGGCCGCUAAUAUUGCUGCACGUGAACCCACCCAGUGGAACAUGGAUUUCCUAAGUCCGGAGCAAGCGGCUCAACGCUGGGGAGAAAGUCCUGGAGACCGACGAAUCACGACUGUAGAGGGCAAUACGCUUCUGUUUAACGAUCCUCCGCAGUUCCUUGCACAUUAUUACCACUUCUGCGCUGAGCUUCUACUGGGUACCUGGUCUUUCUGGACUGGGGCAGCUUAUCCAGAGCCUCCACCACCUGUGCAUCGCGCCAUCUUCCCGCACUCGUCGGCCUCUGGAUGGCGAGACCACCCAGGGUUCAACAGCUAUUUUCUCCGUGCCGCCUUUCCGUCACUUACUGUAGAGGUGGAUAUUGAUUGGCAGGACCGCGUGGCGGCUACUGCGGAAAGCGAUAUCGAUCGGGCAUGGCACCUCCCGUAUCUCUUACUUGCAGACAGGUCUGCAGCCUUUCGAGGCAGACUUUGUGGGUCGACGAAUCAACGGACGGCAAGCGAGUCGGUCGAUGGUCUCAUUGCUCGUUCGAAACUGGAUGUCAAUGGUCUUUGGUGGCGACCAAUCAGAAAUGCCGUGUGGCGCUUUGCCGGGGCCACCGGGAACGUCUUGGAUGUGAAGGGGGGAGAAAACGUAGAUGAAGAGUACGAGGAAACUGAUAAAUUUACGAUUACUUACGUUUCUCGACAAGGGACGAGACGCCGUCUAAUACCCGAGGACCAUGAUUUACUGGUUUCGGAGCUAGAGGCUCUUGUGGCAAGGAAAAACGCUGAGGCAUCGUUGACGAAGGGAAAGGCAUGGGUGUUGAACGUCGUGAUGGCGGAAACAUUGACCAAGAACGAGCAAGUACGCCUUGCUUCCGAAACAAAUGUCUUACUCGGCGUUCAUGGAAAUGGUCUUUCUCACUUGAUUUUGUUGCCUCGCACUCGGUUCUCAGCUGUGAUCGAAAUUUUCUACCCUAGUGGUUUUGCCUACGAUUACGAAUGGACGGCACGGGCGGUGGGCAUCAAGCAUUACGGUGUGUGGAACGAUACCUAUUUCACGGAGGAGAAUACGCCGAGAGUUCAUUAUCCUGAGGGGUUCCAGGGCCCCAGCAUCCCAGUCUAUGGGCCAACCAUUGCAAAUCUGAUCGAAAAGCGCAUCAUGCGAGAAUUGCCAUGACCCUUGGACGGUUUUCUGGUGAUCGCAGUAGCCAGCCACCUGACACUUUGUGCUUACUGGCCACUGUACGGUUUUAUGCGUAGAAGCGUGCAAUUUCUUGGAUUUUCCUACGUAUGAGCUGUAUACAGACAUUUCGGGGACAAUCGUUGUACAUGUUCAUAUUUCUGUAUCGUAAGGGCUUUUCUGGGAACGGAUAGUCACCGUGUGGCUGUACAUGCC